AUUUUCUUUUUCUCAUUACCUUCCUCUCUGAGAUCACCCAGAUAGCCAUCGAAGAAGAAAAAAGCAGAGAUAAUUUUGAAGCGUCUAAGAAGUUACUUCUUAGGCCUUCGAUUUUCUCUUCUUCGUUGUUCGCGUGUUCUAAUUCGAUUUACUACAAAGGUAUUAGGGUGCAUUUACGUCCAAAUCCCAUGGCGGAUGAAAAGCGAAAGGCUGCUCCUGAAAAGGAUACAAGUGCAAUAAAAAAAGUUUUGUCAACUAAGUCAUUGGGUUUAAUCAAAGCAUGGGAAGAAAGCGAGAAAACAAAAGUAGACAACAAGACAAAUAAAAAGUUAUCUAAUGUUGUUGCCUGGGAGCUCAGCAAGCAAGCAUAUAUUGAUGCGCGACAGAAGAAGUUUGAGCGAAAACUAGAAAGGAAGAAGGCAGUGUACGUAGAAAAGAUGCAAAAUAAAAUUGCUGACAUUCAUAAGAAAGCAGACGAGAAAAGGGCGAUGGUUGAAGAUGUGAAAGGGGAAGAACGUGCAAAGGUAGAAGAGAAGGCUGGCAAAUUCCGUGAAAUUGGGCAUGUACCAAAGAAAAUCCUAUGUUUUAACUUUUGAAAUUUGUGU